UUGAUAUGGGGGGUGGUAUCCGCGGUAAAGGUUAUAUCCGCGGUGCGGCCUGUAUACGCAGUAUUGUGGCUAAUUUCAGCCUUUUUAAGUGUAUCGGCGGUAUUUAUUUUUAUAGGACUGGUGUAUAUGGGCUUUAUUAUGAUUAUAGUGUAUGUGGGGGCGAUAGCUAUUUUAUUUUUAUUUGUUAUGAUGAUGUUGGACCAGGGGAAGGAGGAGGCGGGGACGCCGAUUGUGAAUAUUAUACCAAUGGGGAUGAUCGUUGGGGUUGGUUUUUUAUGGGUGGCAGCCACAGGAGGAGAAUGGGUAGGGGCCUAUAUCACGCAACAGAAUCAUUCCAGAGGAAUGAUAGGGGGACAACCCGGAGGGGAUAUAGUGGCGAUAGGCCGGGUGGUGUACACAGAGUAUAGUUAUAUGUUCAUAAUAGUUAGCUAUAUUCUAUUAGUGGCAAUGGUCGGGGCCAUUGUAUUGACCCAUAGGCAUGGUGAAUACGGACCUGAUGAGCCAAUGCGACAGGAUGUAUACAUACAAACCAGUCGGGAUAUUUGGGGACACCCCAAUCAAAUCAAUCUGAAUUCUUUAGGAAGAUACAAGUAA